AUGGUUACCAUCACUCUCGAUGCCGAUUACGGCUACGUAAUCCUCGCCGCAACCUCCACCUUCGUCCUUAACUUCUGGCACGGCAUCAACACCGGUUCCUACCGCAAAGCCGCCAAAAUCGACUAUCCAGCCGCCUAUGCCCCUUCCUCCCGUACCGACACCGCAGCACAUCAAUUCAACUGCGCGCAGCGCGCACAUGCGAAUUUCACAGAGAAUCACUCGGUAGCGGUUGCGGCGAUGUUGGUUGCUGGAUUGGAGUUUCCAAGGUCGGCGGCCGUGUUGGGGGGUGCGUGGACGAUUAGCAGGUGGGUUUAUAUGAGGGGGUAUAGUCAGGGGGGUGUGGGUGGAAAGGGAAGGUAUAAGGGUAUUUGGUUUUGGUUGUUUCAGAUGGGCUUGAUGGGUUUGUGUGGGUUUAUGGGGGGAAAGAUGGUGCUUGAGGGGAAGUUGUAG